GCUGCCGCUGUUAGCCUCAAACAGCGCCGUUAGCCGCAAAGCCUCUUUGUUUGACCGGCCGCAGUGCUAACAUGUGGCUAACGGUGGCUGUUAGCAGUUAGCGCAGUAGCCUCACAUUUCUCAUCAGUUUUAACUGAAACUAACCCUCAACCGUCCACCGGAGUCAGCCGCUUCUACUCUGAUGUCCGCAGAACCAUCUGCUUUAAAGACAUUUGAAUGAAUCAUACAUUUAUCCCUUGCUGAUUCAGCCUUCUCUUAGACGCAGUGAACACCUGAGUUGUCUCCAUGGCACUGAGACGAGGACACAUCCGAUACCUGAAGGUGUGUGAGGUGCAGACGUCUCAGAGUGAUGUCAGAGACAGUCAGCACGUCUCUAAAGGAGCCGUUGGAAAGGAACAUGACGUCCUUCUUUUGAAAGAUCUUGGAGAGACGUGCCAGGAGCUGUAUGAUAACGGCUACAGUGAGCAGAUGAUGGAGGACGACGACUCGAGGACAAACCUCAUCGUGAACUAUUUGCCACAGAGCAUGAGUCAGGACGAACUGCGCAGCCUGUUCAGCAGCGUGGGCGACGUCGAAUCGGCCAAACUCAUCCGGGACAAAGUGGCAGGCCACAGUUUAGGUUACGGCUUUGUUAACUUUGUUAACGCUAAUGAUGCAGAGAGGGCUAUCAGUACGCUCAAUGGCCUGAGGCUACAGUCUAAAACUAUCAAGGUUUCAUUCGCACGGCCAAGUUCGGACAUGAUCAAAGACGCAAACUUGUACAUCAGCGGGCUGCCGAGGACGCUGAGUCAGCAGGACCUGGAGGACAUGUUCACUCGCUUCGGACACAUCAUCAACUCCAGGGUACUGGUGGACCAGGCCUCCG